AUGGCCGACAACGGCGUCACCAUCCACGUCGGCACGCGCAAGUCGACGCUGGCGAUGAAACAGACCACCAUCGUUGUCGACGGCCUGACCAAGGUGCGCCCCGAGUACAAAUUCGAGAUCCACGGCAUGCAAACCAUGGGCGACAAGGAUCAGAUCACGGCACUGUACAACUUUGGCGGCAAGGGCCUGUGGACGAACGAGCUCGAGGCCCAGCUCAAGGCCCGCCAUAUCGACCUCAUUGUGCACUCCCUCAAGGACAUGCCCACCACUCUCCCCGAAGGCUGCGUUCUUGGCUGCGUCACCAAGCGCGAGGAUCCCCGCGACGUCGUAGUCUUCAAGGCUGGCUUGGCUGAGAAGCACGGCUGGAAGUCCAUCGCCGACCUGCCUGACGGCAGCGUUGUUGGCACCAGUAGCAUCCGUCGCAUUGCCCAGCUCAAGCGCCGCUACCCGGGUCUCAAGUUCGCCGACGUGCGCGGCAACAUCCAGACGCGCCUCAACAAGUGCGACGACCCCGAGGGCCCCUUCUCGGCCAUCAUUCUCGCUGCCGCCGGACUGCUGCGCCUGGACUUCGACGCGCGUAUCUCGCAAUACCUCGACUCGGAGAACAGCGGCAUCCUGCACGCAGUCGGACAGGGCGCCAUCGGUGUCGAGGCGAGGUCGGAUGACGAGCGGGUGCUGAGCUUGCUCAAGGAGUUCGAGGACCGGUCGACCAUGCUCGCAUGCGUGGCGGAGCGCACCGUCAUGCGCAAGCUCGAGGGAGGAUGCAGCGUGCCGAUUGGCGUGGAGACGAAAUGGGUCGAGGUGGAUGGGACCAAGAAGCUGCAACUCAAGGCGACGGUUGUGAACGUCGACGGCCAGCAGGCGGUGGACGCGGAGCGGACCGAGGUCAUUGAGACGGAAGAGGAUGCCGAUGCAUUCGGCAAGCUUGUGGCACAGGACCUGGUGAACGGUGGAGCACAAAAGAUUCUCGACGAGAUCAACACAGCACGGCCGGCUGUGCAGGCGGCGACGACGACGACGGCGGAGGAGAAGCCUGCGGCUUAA